UGAAUCAAUAGUCCGAUUCAUAGCCAGGCCUUGGGCGUUUCUCUAAUCCUUGGAUGCCAAAAUAUCAACUUUCGAAGAGGCUGAGAGCACUCAUCCAUUCUCGUUCUGAUUGUCCUCUGCCCCGCAUUAACCACUCUCGGACUAGUGUGCCGGAGCUUGGAAUUUGGAUAGACGGAGUAAGGUAGAAGCUCUUCCCCAGCACCAACUUCUUUCGCCUCCAUACAACCUCGAAAUCGCAAGUUCUUGAUCUCUCUUCUUUCCCGGUCCCUCUUACCAUUCACCUCUGGUUCCUUUCAGCGCAUCGCCACGUCACCAUGUCUACCGCCGUGAUAAACACUGACGACGAUCAACUCGAGCCGACCCUUCAGUCUAUCCUCGACCAGAAGACCUUGCGAUGGAUCUUCGUUGGCGGCAAAGGAGGAGUGGGAAAGACUACGACAUCAUGCUCACUGGCUAUCCAGCUUGCCAAAGUUCGACGCUCCGUUCUGCUCAUCUCCACCGACCCGGCACACAAUCUUUCGGAUGCGUUCUCGCAGAAGUUUGGCAAAGAAGCUCGACUUGUUAAUGGUUUCACAAACUUGAGCGCCAUGGAGAUCGACCCGAACGGAAGCAUACAGGAGCUGAUGGGACAAGCUGAAGAGGGAGAAGGUCCUGCUGCAGGAAUGGGAGGCAUGAUGCAGGAUUUGGCAUUUGCUAUUCCAGGUAUCGAUGAAGCCAUGUCCUUUGCAGAAGUUCUCAAGCAGGUCAAAUCUCUUUCCUACGAAACCAUCAUCUUCGACACGGCGCCCACUGGCCACACUCUUCGAUUCCUUCAGUUCCCGACAGUCCUUGAGAAAGCACUCGUGAAGAUCUCCCAAUUAUCUACACAAUUCGGGCCCAUGCUGAACGGUCUUUUGGGUGCAAAUGGAGCGCUGCCAAAUGGUGCGAAUCUGAACGAGAUGAUGGAGAAGCUGGAGGGCCUGCGAGAAACAAUCAGCGAAGUCAACACGCAGUUCAAGGACGAGAAUCUCACGACAUUCGUUUGCGUUUGCAUACCAGAGUUCCUUUCCCUUUACGAGACAGAGCGUAUGAUCCAGGAGCUUGCGAGCUAUGGCAUUGACACCCAUUGCAUCGUGGUAAAUCAGCUGCUGUUUCCCAAGGCUGGUAGUGAAUGCGAACAAUGCAACGCAAGAAGAAAGAUGCAGAAGAAAUACUUGGAACAGAUCGAGGAGUUGUAUGAUGAGUUCAACGUGGUGAAGAUGCCACUUUUGGUAGAGGAAGUGAGAGGCAAGGAGAAGUUGGAAAAGUUCAGUGAGAUGCUCAUCCAUCCCUAUGUUCCACCAGCUGGUGGUUUGUAGAUUCUGAUAGAGUUGUUUCUGCAAAUCGAUACCCAAGGAAUAAUGAUGUUCACGAGUGCUCCUGCGAAAUUGAUGUUGAAUAAGAUAAAAUGAUUUUGUGCUCAAGCGGUUC